GUAAACACGGCUAGCAUGGCCUGCCGGUCUUCCUCGGCCUGUCAGCUGAGCACCGAUGAUGUUUCAAAUAAAAAGCCACAUGAGGUACAGCGCGCCGGGGAUCGCCGCCGCGAAGCUGUUUUCGUCCGGACCCACCAAGAACCCCGUCGUGUUUCUGGACAUCGAGGCGGACGGCGAGCCUCUGGGCAGGAUAAUCAUUGAGUUGAAUGCAGAUGUGGUGCCAAAGACUGCAGCAAACUUCAGAGCCCUGUGCACCGGGGAGCCCGGCUUUGGAUUCAAAGGAUCAGUGUUUCACAGGAUCAUACCUGAGUUCAUGUGUCAGGGGGGAGAUUUCACCAACCACAACGGCACAGGAGGGAAGUCUAUAUAUGGGAAGACUUUCAAAGAUGAAAACUUCAAAUUAAAACACACUGGUCCAGGAACUCUUUCAAUGGCAAAUUCAGGGCCAAACACCAACGGCUCCCAGUUCUUUAUCUGUACGACUAAAACAGAGUGGCUUGAUGGUAAACACGUAGUGUUUGGUCAGGUGAAGGACGGCAUGGACGUGGUCACCAAGAUGGAAUCCUUUGGUUUGCACGACGGUGGUGUGAUUAAGAAAAUUGUCAUCAGUGACUGUGGGGAGAUCAAAUAACACCCAGAGUCACACGUGGACUUCUGUCGGAUGACUCGGACCGAUUUUGGUAUUUACUUUAUAUUUCAUCCUGGGUUCAUGGCACUUUCAAGGACUAACUGUCACGGGUGAUUCUCUUCUAUAAUCGGAUGUUUUUACUGUUGAUGAUGUUCGAAGAGAUCUUGCUAUUUAAAUUUUGAACUUGACCCAUCUCCUUUGUAUAUAGGCACUAAAUCAUCCACUAUGUGAAAUGAUCUUAUAAGGCAAUUACUCUCCAUUUACUGCCAAUUAAAAUGUUUUCAGAUUUUACCAGCUCUAGUUUUAGAACAGGACAUUUGUUCUCAUGUGCCACCGACUCGCUGGUUUUUAAAGCUUCCUGGAAGUUGAUCCGGCAUCUUUUUUUAGACACCGGUUUUCCAGCACGACUGACUUCCUGUUCAUCGGAGCAGGAUGUGACAUCAUGUGACAUCCACCUACAGUGGAGCUGAAAUAUCGCAUGAAUGCAGCUGACAGAUGAUAGAACCGCUGGCUCCAGCUUCAUUGGAUACAGUGAAUGCAGAUGAUUUAAUCUCCUGGAGCCGUAAAGGAACCUGAAAAUGUCUUUAGCUUGUAUGUGGGCUGCUCUUCCCUCGCUGCCUCUUUAUUUGAAACGCAGAAUGUCUGUAGGAGAGACAGAGAAAAGGAGGCCAGGACAUGUCUGAGAGCCAGAGACUGGGUGGUGCUGCUUAUCGAGCUAAUACUUUAUGAAAGUAAAUAAUGAAGCGACGUGAAAAAGCAGCUCUUGCUCCUAAAUGAAACCAUAUGCGCGCUGACCUUCCACCGUUUGUUUGAAUUCUCAGAUUACAUUGUUGCUAUAGAGACCUCUCAGCUCUCGCUCUGUUUGAGCAAGCGAUGUUGUAACAAACUUGAUAUAAUUUGGGUCCCCACCCUCUGGUUUAGUUUUAGUUAUUUGGAAUGCAUGGCCAAUAUUGUGUAUGGAAACUUGGCUCGGGAGACGGCGGUGCUGUGGCCAACGUUUAGUACACAUGCAGCACAAUGACAUCUUUACAACUGGUACAAGCUGGUUUCUUUUGCUGUAAACGUCUCAUUUUAUCACACAGCACCCAGCUGGUGUCCUUUUUGCCUUUCGGUUUUCCCAUUCGAAGAUUAUCCGCAAAGUGUUGAAAUCAAGACCUGUCAGCUGGAUGUGUCUGUUAUCUUUCAGCACUUUCACAGAAAGUGAAAAACAAGUUUUACAGGCCGACCCCUGUUCUGUGUUACACAACCACCAUGAAUAAUCCAUUAAAAAAGCCUCUUUAUCAUGAUCUAUACGCUCAGGGUUGCAUUAGUCUUCUAGCUUGCACCAAAGACAUGAAAAUAUAUACUCUAAAGAAUAUUAUACAGACAGGAGCUCUCAGAAAACAAUGUGUUGCUUUUGGCUGAAAUCAAACUCCGGAGCGAACACCUCCCAGUUACUGGUAACAACAAUUCAGCAGAGGACCCAAACAAAUGAAACCACAUAAUCCAAGCAUUCCUAAUUCAAUAUGACUUUAAUUCAUCAAACUCUUGACAGCACUAAAACACUAAAAUGUUUUCCCAACUAACAAAUAAGGCACAUUUUGGAAUGCCGUUUCAUGGACAUGAAAAACAGACCUGUGGUCUACUCUCGAAACCAUGACUGUCCUUGUUUCCCCAAAAUCAUUGUCUUCCCUACCUCACGCCUGUGUUCUGUCCAAUUCAAAUAUUACAUUAUUGCAAUAUUGCAAUACAAACAUCAACAGUAAAGAAUACAAACAUAACUUUCCAAGUUGACCACAUAAGUGUUAACACAUUACAUUCAGUAAAUAUGUAUUAUUUGUAGAGGCUACACUAGCGGUAAAUGAAAUACUUCAAGAUCAUCAGAAACUGCUGAUAAUGUUAAAAACAAUAUGUACUGGAGCAAACUAUUUAAAUAAAGUAUACAUUGCACAAAAUAAUAUUUCAUCCAAAACCAAACACAUGCACAUGCAAACUCUAAAAUAGUUCUUUGUCACACGCGCUUUCUUGACAAAAGUAUACACUCCCUAAACUACUAAUAACACAUUUUAUAAUAGUUUCUUGUCAUUGCUGCUUUAAGCAAACUACAUCUCACAGUUUAACGUGCUUAUACAGUGGUGAGUAUCCGUCACUAAUUAAGAAAACAAAAAUCUGCAUGUUAACACAAUAUAUAUCUUCAUAAUAUUGUUUACAAAAUGAAUACAUGCGCCUGUAUGGAUGUAAAUGGCAGCUCGUAAUUAGUUACAUAUAGCAACUGAAUAACAUUGUGGGUUAUUCAACACUGAUAACACCGUAAAACAGAACACAAAAAAUACAAUGGCUUAUAAUUGAGAAAGGGUAUUAAUUAUGUACCAGCUUUUUUCAUAAUAUUCUAUGUAGACAUCAAUAUUUCCUUCUUAGUGUAACUUUGUUGCAUAUUCUAUACAAAAAGUGUUGUAAAAAAUAUCUCCAUAAAUAUUUCUGCAGGAUAACCCCUCAGAUUAUUGUAAAACAUAAAGAAAAAAACUCCCAGCUUUGUUUAUUUCUCAGCAACAGGCCCUUCUUCACACACAAAAAAGCUUCAAUAUUGCAUAACACUUUAAAAGAGCUACUAUCCUUGAUAAUGAUGGCCAUCAAAUAUAUACAUAAAACAGUCUUCUCUUUGUCAGGGAAAUAACUCUUGAGUUUUUGCAGAUUGCUUUAAAAUUUUCAACAUCUAUUAAGUGUUCCAAAAUACACAUCUCAUUCAUAGAAAAUAACAAAUUUGAACUGAAAAGGUACUAGAAAAGUCAAGUAUAUGUAAUUCAAGACGUUACAUCUGAAGGCAGAUUUUUUUUUUUUUUUCAAACGUAUUGUAUCAACUGCUUCCAUUGGCUCUUGAUUCGCCAUUUAAAAUGGCCGCCUCACAACAUGUCUCUGGGCUGAAUCUCCCGAACAAGAUUUCUCAUUAUUCUGCCAGAACUCAGUGAAUCACAACAACAUUGUUACUUGUUUAUGAGGUUAGUUCAUAAGGCCUCAUUGGUAUCUAUUCCUCUCACUACAGCCACAUGAUGUGGACAAUAAGGUUCAGAUGUAAAGACCUGGUAGGUUAGUGUCGUCACGCAGAGCAAAAGAAAGACGAUGUUAACAGUAAGAAAAAUAAGUUGUUCCCAACUAAAAGGAGAAUCUUUCAUUCAGAUUUUUGUGGCAUUAUAGGUGUGCAAAUUCCAUCUUUUAAAGGGGCACUCCAUCAAUUUUACUCAUUGAGUUCAGUUUACUUAUCUCAGGGAGUAAGAACUACUCUGACUGUGAAAACAUCUGUUUGUGUCAUGUCUAAGGUCACAUCCACACACACGUUUUCAUCUCAGUAAGCUGUCAAAAACCAUCUCUGUACAUGUGAGCAUUUUAGCACUCUUUAAGAAAUGAUCUCCAUCCAUACUAACGUGUUUUAACUAAUUUUCGUAAGGUCUCUGUUUUAGGAAUUUGGAAACAUAGGAGUAGUGUGGACACUAGGCGUAAACUAGGGAUGUCCCUAAUGACUAAUUUCCCGGAUCUUUAAAUUUAAGUCAAAACUUUGUCUAAUCUAUUAGUCUAAAAAUCAGAAAACAGUCAAGACUGAGCACAAAUUAAUCUAUAAGGUUAAUCAUUGUCCAAAAUAUUAUAUAUAUUAUAAAAGCCAUCCAUUGACCAAAUAGUAAUUUAGCUGCUGCUGAAAUGUGUGGCACAUUAUUCUACAAAACAUGACACCAACUAACUAAACCAAAGUUGAGUAAUAGCAGUAAUUGGAAACAAUAUUCUUAGGGGAAAAUAAAUCUUAACGAGACAUGCCUUUUUAUUCCAAGAGCAUGUUUACUGGGAGGACACAGUCACAUAGAAAGCAGCCCAUCCUACUGUAAAAAAAACAAAAAAGCCAGUCAUGGGAUUAUGCAAUAAUAUGUAAUUCAGAUGUAUCCAUUAAUAAUAAAACGUUUGACUGAGUAAUAAUUAUAGUGCAGACCAGCGACGGUAGCAAUGUUUAAUCGACUAGUUGACUAAUUGUGCACAUCACCAGCAUAAGCACAGCAAAAAGUAUGCUUUCUGAAAUGAAAAUGCAUUAGUGUGGAUUAGGCCUGAGAAAAAAAAGGGUUUUAACCAAACAGAGGAAGUUGACUGAAAGAUGCUACAACAACUUGAGAAAAGUAGGAUCCAGCGUUUUGGAGCUUAAGCAAUACUAGGGAAUAAAUGUAUCUCAGCCUCUGCUGCACUGAUUUCAACUAUUCUUCAGUGUCACUUGCAAGCUUCCCAAGCUUGUAGAUCUGCACUGGUUAAUCAGUGGAGUGUCCCUUUGACUUUGGAAUUUAGCAAAAUUUCCCUAAACUGUAAUGCACCAUAAUGAGCCACUGCAAACUCUCCCACUAGGGCGAGUGACCAUGUAUAUUUUUUGACAAAACCCACAGUUCCUUUGAUAAACACAACUACAAUAGAUAAAAGAAACAAAGAGUGAGGUCCACAGUUUCAUCGCGACUCCGUUCUGUUGUGAGGAUCGACUAAGAAAUAACAUCUUUGUGGAUAUUCCAUGACAACAGACCGCAGUAGGAUUGUUAUUGCCAGCUGGAAAUGCUGUUUCAGCCCGUGCCUCCAACUCAGCAAACUGUGUUGGAGCGAACACCCACCGUGCCAGUUCAAACUAAUAGAGGAACUGUAUCGUUUUCUUGUCCUUUGUCACAUCUUGAACCUGCAUUAAACUUACUAUGCAUCACAGUUACCACUUGCACGUAUGCUGCUCUGUCUCGGAGCCUAUCCCUACGUGACUUUUCCCAAUUUCAAUUGGCCUCCUCGUCCUGUUACUUCAGAAUGAUUUCAGUCUUUUUAAGGCACAUACAGUUUGUUACAGUAUCAAAUAUAGUCAACCAGCUUUUAUAAGGCUAGAAAUACAAUACAUAUAAAAUCAUUCACAAUUCCUAUGAUAAGGUUCCUUUAAAGGUGUCAAAACUACAUUAAUUUCCUCUGUAGUGCUUUAGAUCUGCACAUUGAUACAUUAUGUAAACAGGAUGUGUACUUCUCUUCCUUUAAAGAUGUUGGUAUAUAAUAGUAGGCACUUAUAUUUUCAUAAAAAGUAAUAUAAGUGUAAACUUAAUUCAUCAU